GAGAUGAAAAGAAAAAAAAAUGGAGAACCCAAAAAGUGAUGAAUUGAACGUGUAUAAAUGGGGCCACGUAGAGUUGCUGAGGAAAGCAAAUUGAUUGAGGAGCCGCCAUCGUCGUCGUCGCUGUGGGCAGCCGGUGACGGGAGGCUCCUCUUGUUGAGAUAUAUACAGUACUGUCGCGAUGGCGGGGCAGUCACGUAAAUGGAUGAUACUGGUGGCGACGAUAUGGGUUCAGGCAUUCACGGGCACAAACUUCGAUUUUUCAGCGUAUUCUUCGGCUUUGAAAUCGGUUCUGGGGAUCUCUCAGGUGCAGCUGAAUUACUUGGCCGUCGCUUCCGAUCUUGGCAAGGUGUUUGGGUGGUCCUCCGGCCUGGCGUUGAUGUAUUUUCCGUUGUGGGUCGUUCUGUUCAUGGCUGCUUUCAUGGGGCUUCUUGGUUAUGGCGUCCAGUGGCUUCUCAUAAGGAACAUCUUCACCUUGCCUUAUUUCCUGGUGUUUCUUCUCUGUUUGUUGGCUGGGUGUAGCAUCUGCUGGUUCAACACGGUCUGUUUCAUUCUUUGCAAUCAAAACUUCCCAGCCAAUCGACCUCUUGCAAUCUCACUCACAGUAAGCUUCAAUGGUGUAAGCGCCGCCUUGUACACUCUUGCUGCCAAUGCAAUCGACCCCUCCUCCGAUUCGCUCUAUCUUCUUCUCAACGCCCUCAUUCCCCUGCUCACCUCCAUUGCAUCAGUAGUCCCAAUUCUCCGGCAACCGUCUCUAGACCCGCUUCCCCCACACGCCGUUCGACGCGACUCCCUCAUAUUUCUCCUCUUGAAUUUCUUAGCCGUCAUCACCGGCAUUUACCUUCUUCUCUUUGGUUCGACAACAUCAGACAAAACAACAGCACGUCUGCUGUUCACCGGAGCCCUUUCCCUCCUCAUCCUCCCUCUAUUCAUCCCCGGUGUUGUCUAUGCAAAAGACUGGUUUCAUCGCACCAUUCAUUCCAGCUUCCGCCUCGAAGAAGCCUCUGGCUUCAUUCUCGUUGAUGCCGAUGAUCUUGAGCUUCAUAAAGAGCUUGUCCUUUCCCGCCAUGCCAGCAGUAUUAUUAGCCCCAUUGUGAAUGGAUCGCUCACUGAUCAGCUCUUGAGCACACAGAAAGCAGGAGAGAUUGAUCGUCAAGGGUGUUGUAAGAGACUGUUUGUCAAAGACCAACUGGCAAUGCUCGGGGAAGAACACCCAGCAGGAAUGCUUGUUCGUAGGUUCGAUUUUUGGCUUUACUAUGUUGCUUAUUUUUGUGGAGGCACAAUUGGGCUUGUGUACAGUAACAAUCUAGGACAGAUAGCGCAGUCAUUGGGACAAAGUUCAAACACUACGACCCUCCUUACUCUCUAUUCGUCCUUCUCCUUCUUUGGCCGCCUGCUUUCUGCAGUACCAGACUUUAUACGUGGGAAGUUUUAUUUUGCAAGGACAGGAUGGCUGACUGUUGCACUCCUGCCAACCCCAAUAGCUUUCUUCUUGCUAGCUUCAUCAGGCAGCGGGCUAGCACUGCACGCAGGCACUGGUCUAGUUGGGUUGAGCUCAGGGUUCAUCUUUGCUGCUGCCGUUUCAAUUACAUCGGAGCUGUUCGGACCCAACAGUGUAGGCGUGAACCACAACAUUCUCAUCACCAACAUCCCAAUUGGGUCACUCGUGUACGGCUAUCUUGCUGCUGUUGUUUAUGAUGCCAACAUAAGCUCUGGAUUAGGAAACAUAACGAAUAUCAUGUCUGAAUCGUCCGAAGUUUGCAUGGGGAGGAAGUGCUAUUUAGUCACGUUUGUUUGGUGGGGAUGCAUAUCGGUUGUGGGUCUGGCUUGCAGUGUGCUGUUGUUCUUCAGAACCAGACAUGCUUAUGAUCAUUUUGAAGAGAACCGUAGAUCGACGCAGGUCUACGAGUAAUGCUAUAAGUUUUCCAUGUGUUUCUCUUGUAUCGAUCAAUAUAUCCCUUCAAAAAAGUGACGUGAUUUUUAAAAUCACCGUUUGACUUGUAAUUAAUCACUAUUGAAUUUUGAUUCAAAAUACCAUGCCAUUUUUAGAGGGACAUUAGGGAAACUUUUAGAAUUAUCCGAACUCUAUUUAUACCGUGCAUUGCAGAGGGGCGAUGAUUAUAAUUGUACAGCUAUACCAUUGUGUACUUGUUUUUAGGCCCUACAAAAAUGAAACGAGAAGUUUGGAGA